GUGAUGUGGAUGGAUCUCUUGAAGCUAUUCUGAACAUUCUGGACAGCUAUGAUGCUGAUGAUGAAUGUAAAUUGGCUAUCAUUCAUUAUGGAAUGGGAGAUAUCAGUGAAACUGAUAUAAGUCUUGCUGAAACAUUUAAUGGUGUUGUAUUUGGAUUCAGCGUGAAAGCCAAUGACAGUAUUAAACGGCUGGCUGCUAAAAAGGGAAUAAAAAUUAAGCUUAAUAAUGUCAUCUACAAACUUAUUGAAGACUUGAAAGAUGAGCUAAACAGCAGACUACCCCCAUCUGUGGUGGAGAAUACAAUAGGGGAAGCUUCUGUUCUCAACAUCUUCUUUGUAACAGUAGGAAAGAACAAAAUUCCAGUAGCUGGAUGCAGAGUACAGAAGGGGCUGCUAGACAAAAAAAUGAAAUUUAAGUUAAUCCGUAACGGGGAUGUUAUUUGGAAAGGAUCUUUAUCAUCACUGAAGCAUCACAAAGAUGAUGUCCAGGUAAUAAAAACAGGUAUGGAUUGUGGAUUGAGUUUGGACAAGUAUAUAGAAUUCAAUAUUGGAGAUGAAAUUAUCUGUUAUGAAGAAAAAGAAGUUCAACAGACAACUUCCUGGGAUCCAGGAUUUUAAAAUACAUUUGAAUACAUUAAGAGUAAAGGACAUGUAUUAUUCCUGGCUGGCCUUCAACUCUUGACAUUAAAUGAACUUUCAGAGAU